UACGGCGAUCUCUCUCCCAAUGCGGACCCUAUUUGACGAUUCUUGUUCCGCACGGGGGCAAACCACUGUGGUGGCGAUAUCUUCCCAAUGACGACCAUAUUCCAGUGUGUUCGACGGUCUUUCUGUUCCAUGAGGACAAACCAGCAAAUUCUACAUAUAUUUGGAUCAUUAAAAAUAUUGCGUGGAGCCAACCAAAUAAAUACAAGCCCGGGUUAUCACACUGGGGAUCUUCCAUUGCGCAUAGGAACAUGGAGAGGCUUUCAACAUGUUCAAUGUCAAAAAGAAAUGUGAUCGUACUCUGUGCUACAUUCGCUUCCAGCUUUCUUGCGGCAACGUGUGUUUGUAUGGUGAUUACCGCAACCUUGGUCGAAAACCCGACUAAAGUGGGCUGGUUGAAGACUGUUCGUUGGACACCUGGUACCCUACAAGUUGCCAUCUAUGACUUCUUGAUUAAUCCCUUGGAUACAUGUCAGUUAGAAACGAAAAGCAACACGUUGCUGAUAUUGGUCAAGUCGGCGACCUCCCACACAUCGCGUAGGAAUGUUAUCCGGGAGACUUAUAUCGAUUCUAUUCAGGAGUUCAACCUGUCUGCCAGAGUGUUGUUUGUCCUAGGAAAUACUAAGGAUAAACAUGAGACAGAAAGCAUCUGGGAGGAGGCUGAACUGUAUGGGGAUAUCUUGCAGGUGGACUUUGCCGACCAUUACUACAACCUCACCAUCAAACUCGUGAUGAGCUUAAAGUGGGCGGUCAAUUUCUGUAGCGACACCGAGUUUGUGAUGUCCAUUGAUGACGAUGUCAUGCUUGACGUUGUGACUCUUGUCCGGGAUUUAGAGUCGCUGCCGAUGGAGCGUCAGUCGGACUUCUUCCUGGGGAAGCCAAACAUCGGCCCACCAGACCGAAAUGCGUACAGCAAAUGGUACAUCCCGAGAGAGUUGUACCCAGAGGAUACCUACCCAGUGUCACCGUUUGGUCACGGAUAUGUAAUGUCACAGGAUGUGGUACAGAAGCUCUACGAAGCCUCCACAGAAUGCCUUCCUAGGGUUCCAUUUGAUGACGUCUACUGCGGAAUGCUGUUGCAAAGGAGAAACAUCGAGAUUGUCGACAGACUAAACUUCUACAAAGAGCUUCAUCCGAAGAGACGAUCCAAAGACUACAUGAAGCUACAGCUCUCCGAAAAUGAGAUGAAGCGUACUUGGAAUUGCAUGCGCUUGGAAAACCUCUAUGGAUCCGCCCAAAGGUUUACAUGCGAAAAUUCAGUCUUAUUUAUACUAAUAUUGAUUUCAUUACUCAUUACCAUCAUUGUAAGGAAUUGGUACCACCACAAUCUGGAACAUAGUAGAACGCUUUCGAGGACACUGGGUUUCAGUGGCCUCAUACUCUCCAUCUCAAGAAAAAAGUUAGGUAGUAAAACAUUUCAAGGACGCAAUUUUUCUUUCGUGUAAUAUCAGGAUAUAACAUGGUAAAUUCUUAAGAAAUUCUUAAGAUAUUGUAGACGUCAUCUUUGUAUCGUGCUAACAGGAAAUGAAGGAAGGUUCCAUGAACAUUUGCAGAGCUUUAUCUCACAGGAGUCCACUCAUAUUGUUUCAUUUGUGACAAAACAAUGGCUAACAAGAAAGAAAGAUUUCAAAGUUUUUAAAAUGAGAAGGGAAGAAUUCUGAGUUCAGCAAUGGAAACAAUACUGCGAUGUGUAUAGCGUCAACCUCUUUGAAACAUCUUAAAGUGAGAUAAUGAUUUGUUAAUUGCUUGAUGUCGCUUAACAAGAAAACUGAGAACAAUAACUAAUGACUAAAUGACAUGUCAUUUAAUAAUUAAUGUGUUUUAUAUGGUUCAGACUGUAAAAUACAAAUUGUACAUGGAUAGCUACUUCAAUAAUCACCCUAAAUAUAUACUAACUGUGAGUGGAAGUUGGAAAAUGAUAUUAAGGUUAUGUUUGAUAAGAUUCAUGUCAUAAAGAAGUGAUAAGUAGAUUUUAAUAAUCAAUCCCUAAUCAUGAAUUGGACACGGAGGUGCCGUGGGGGCUGUGGCCGAGUGGUCUAAGGCGCCUGGCUAUACAUAGAAAGUCCGUGGCUCGAUCCACGGCUGCGGCACCUAUGCCCGUGAGCAAACAUUUAAUGUAUAAUGCUUUUUUUAUCCUGCUUUCAAAUGGAAAUGCUAUAUGCAUUAUUGGUAACUUGGUGUGCACUUUUUUAAAAAAGAAUAUGUUUCAGAACGUUGGAUCAAAUUAGCAACGCGUGACCAUUAAAACGACGCGAUCACCUGACCUAAUGUCCUGAAAAAUCACAAAACACUAAAUUCAUGAUUGUGCAAUUCAAUUUUAGUUGAAAGAAUGGAUUUCCUUUGAUUUUUUCUGCACAUUUUAGUUGAAAGAAUGCAAGACGAUUCAACACUGCAAAUGUAGAGUAAUACAGGGUAAUACCCGUUUGUUGAGCAAUGUGGAACAGAUCGAGCAUACUGAUCUUAUGAUUUUCAUUACAGAUCGAGCAUACUGAUCUUAAACAAAUAGGAGUAAUGCCG